UUUAAUUGAAAAUUAUCUUGUUUAACAAGUCAUUCCAAAAAAACAUUUAAUCGAAAUUAACAUGUACGAACAUAAUAGAUGAAAUUAAUACUUAGGACCUUUUACAACACAGUCCGGAGUAUCCCGCUAUCCUGAUAUUCCCCGAUGUAAACAGCAAAAUUAUGGCUCGUCUACUUGACUACAUUUAUAGCGGAUCUGUUAGUUUAUUAUCCCACGACUUAGAAGACUUUAUCAACCUGGCUUGCUUACUGAAAAUACCUUUAGACUAUGAAUAUUUAGAUCAAAAGAAAGAUGAGUUUCCAAAAAACGAAGGACCGGUCCAUCGCUCCAAAGAAGAAAAUGUUACUCAAGUUGUGAAGGAAGGAAGAAGCUCUGAUUUUUCUGACCGAAUCACUUUUAGUCCAGAUGAAAUUAUUAAUUAUUCCAGGCGAAAAAACGAAGCAAGUAGCAGCGUUAAUAAUAAUAAUAAUAAGUCGCUCAAAAAACUUCCCGACCUUAUGCCUUUAUCGAGCAUUAAUCGUAGAUAUAAAAUCAGAAAAGGACUCUACAAUCAAGCUACUCCUAGUCCUUGGUGUCCAAGGAAUGUUCCAUUGCUUGCUAGCCCGAGAGAAAUAGACUGCCUACCCAACUGUUCAGAAAUUAUUUCUUUACAGCCACCCCCAGCCCUACUUGAGCACCAAUAUGAUAAAAACGAUUCCAAUAACAAUUUCACAUAUGCAACACCUUCUUUCGUGCAUCCCCCUGGAAACAGUUCGAUAAUAAAACCCAUUCCUAUUUUGGCAACCCCUCAAACGAAUUGCCUACAUCAUCAUCCUCCCCGAUAUCCUUUAUUAUCCCCUCCGCCUCCUCGCUUACUUUCGCCGCCGCCGCCAUUGCAACAUUCGAAGGAAGAAGAUGGCAAAAUUAAUUUAAAACCACUAAACAAUCCAGUAAAAAGAUCGAGUACCAUAGAAGAAGUAGCGUUUUCUUCUGCCCCCGGAGAAACAGAACAGAAAACAAUUGAAGAGGAAAACGACUCCACAAACACCAAUAGGAAUAAGGAAAAGCCAUUUAGGUGUCAGGAUUGUGGGAAAUGCUUUAGUCAAUUGAGGAAUUUUAAGUAUCACAGAUCAAUACAUGAAGGUACGAAAGAAUUCGCAGCUCGUUGUCCGGAGUGCGGAAAACAUUUUAAUGACCGAGGUUAUCUGAGUAGUCAUUUAAAAAUUCACCGAGACCGUAAAGAGUACGCAUGUCCGCACUGUCCCAAGAGAUUCAACCAAAGAGUUGCGUACAAUAUGCACCUCAGGGUUCAUACAGGGCUUAAACCCCACGAGUGUCCAACAUGUGGAAAGGGGUUUUCGCGAAAAAUGUUACUCAAACAGCAUCAGCGAGUGCAUACAGGUGAAAGACCAUACAGUUGUCCAGAGUGUGGAAAAACGUUUGCAGAUAGAUCGAACAUGAGUUUACAUCAAAGACUACACACCGGUGUAAAGCCAUACACAUGCACCCUCUGUCCGAAGAGUUUUACUAAAAAGCAUCAUUUAAAAACACAUAUGAACUUUCAUACCGGUUUAAAGCCAUACUCUUGCCAAAAUUGUGGUUUGGCCUUUUCGCAAAGUAGCAACAUGAGAACUCACUACAAAAAAUGCGUCCUUAAACCAUGUCAACCCCAACCAGGAGAGUUACCACCGUAACCAUUUAUACAAUAAUGUACUUUAAUUUUAUUAAAACGAAAAUACGUUAAUUAAAUAUUACAUUUAAUCGUUAAAAAAUACAUGUUAAAAAAAUGAAACGGUAAUAUUUUGCCGCCGCUUUCUGUGAUAUUAUUUUUUAUAUUUUUUUAUUUGCAAUAAACUAUUAUUAUAGAUAACUUACUGUAUAUUUAUAUUUUUAAU